GGUUAACACUAAACGCGCCGCCGCGUGUUUGAUCCCAAAUUUUCGACCGAAGCUCUCAUUCAGCCUUUGUAAACGACCUUUACGACCAUUCAUCCAUCGUCUCUUUCUCUUCAUAAUAUACCUGCCUGAGAUGGAUCUUCAAUCACUUGCGAACUUGUUCGCGACAACUUACAACCCUGAUCCUAAUGUACAGAAGACCGGCGAGCUCCAAAUACGCAAGAUCGGUGCACAGGAGGGCAUGCUAACUGCUCUUCUGCAAAUCAUCGCAUCUGAUGGCGUUGAAAUAGCUACUCGUCAAGCUUGUAGUGUUUACCUCAAGAAUCGCGUGCAUACCUCUUACAUCCUUCCGCCAAAUCCACGCCCAGACCAUGUUCCAAUUGCUCAGUCGGACCGCACCGCACUAAAAGCCAACAUUCUUCCACUUCUUUCUGCCAGUCCGAGCCGCUCCAUCACCGUCCAGGUCGCAGCAACACUUAAGGACCUUGUGGCGCAUGACUUCCCUGAUCGCUGGUCAUCUCUUUUGGAUGACGUGAAAAGGCUCUUGGGCAGUGGAGAUGUGAGAGAAGUGGGAGCUGGUGUCGUAGCCUCACUCGAGUGCGUUAGGGCGUUCAGAUUCCGCCAAAAAGCCGACGUCCUACCAAGCAUUAUUGCCACUCUUUUCCCUACCCUUGUCACCAUCGCUGAUGGCAUGCUCAAUACCUCCCCAUCCCAACCUGCGUCCCAGGAGAUCCCUGCCAUGCUGCACCUUAUUCUCAAGACGUACAAAACUGCAAUUAUUGUCAACCUUUCCCCACAUCAGCAGAGCCCAGAAUCACUUGUUCCCUGGGGAAGACUCUUGUUCCGCGUUGUGGGGAUGGUUGUCCCCGUGGAAGGCGUUCCAACUGACGAGGAAGAUCGGGAGAAAUGCGAAUGGUGGAAGGCCAAGAAGUGGGCGUAUGGAAUCCUCGGUCGACUGUUCCAUCGCUUUGGAAAUCCCUCUCAGCUCCCGUCACCGAUGCAGAAUGAGUAUGGCGUAUUUGCAGAGCACUUCGUGACUACCUUCGCUCCUGAAAUCUUCAAGGUGUACCUCCACCAAGUCGAGCUAUAUGUUUCAGGGCAGGCAUGGCUAGGCAAGAAAUGUCAAUACCAGAUCUUCCAGUUUUUCACUGAAUGUAUUAAGCCGAAGUCGACGUGGAUACUCCUGAAGCCCCAUGUCGACAGCCUUGUGGCUAACUUUGCAUUCCCCCAGCUCACUUUUAACGCGUCCAAACAAGCCAUGUGGGAGGCCGAUCCCGUAGAAUACGUCCGUGCUAGUGUUGACGAGUACGAGAACUUCUCGUCCCCCGUGAGUGGUGCGACUUCGUUCCUCCUCUCCCUCGCAAGCAACCGCACAAAAACGUCCUUCCUCCCGAUGCUCCAGUUCAUCAACACUGUCUUGCGCUCUCCUACACCGGCACAGCGCUUCGGCGCACUUACGAUGAUGUCAGUCCUCGGCCCUUUCAUCGUCCGCCAUCCCGAUGUCAAGGGAAGCAUCGAGCAGUUCAUGGUACAAUACGUCCUGCCAGAGUUCACAUCGCAGGAGCCGUACUUGCGGAGUGUGGCAUGCGAGGUGCUUGGUGUAGUGACCAAGGCCGGUAUCACAUGGGUCACUGAAGAGAACUUGAGCAACCACUCCCGUGCUGUGGCGUUGGCCCUGGAUGAUCGUGAACUCCCGGUACGUGUACAAGCUGCGCUGGCCAUCACCGAGCUGGUUCUCGUUCACGAUUCUGGUGCGUUAGAAAUUUUCUCCCUCUUAUACUGCGUCCAAGUCAACUUUGGUUCUCUAGUCAGGGACGCUGUCGCUCCGCAAGUAGGCAAGGUCGUGCAAGAUCUUCUCAAACUCUCCGAUGAGACGGACCUCGAUGUCCUCAAUCACAGCAUGGAAGCCAUGGUUGACCGGUUUCAAAACGAGCUUCUGCCUGUGGCUUCGCAGCUCACUGCACGCCUGUGUGAAUCUUACUUACGCCUUGCAAGAGAGGGUCUGGCACAACAGAAAGAAGCGGUUCCGGACAGUAUCGAUGUAGAAUCACUCAUGACAGAUGGCGAUGACGAUAAAGUAUACGGCGCUAUGGGGGUCGCCAAAACUAUUGGGACUGUUGUCUCGUGCAUUGACUCCUCGCCUGAGAUCCUGUCGCAGGUGCAGGAGGUGAUCAUACCCAUCAUCCGGUUCACCCUUGAGAAUAAGUUGAUUGAUUUGUUUGAUAAUAUGUAUGACCUCGUAGACGCCCUUACCUUCCGUCUUCACGCGAUAUCACCGAACAUGUGGCCGGUGUUCGAGUUGACUUAUGACCUCUUCAAGAAUGAUGCUGUUGAUUUCCUUGAUGAAAUGCUCCCCUCGCUGGACAACUUCGUAUCGUAUGGUACCGAUGUGCUGAAGGCACGCCCUGACUACAGGUCGAAGGUGUUGGACAUGUACCGCACGGCUAUGACGAGCCCACAACUGGGGGAUAACGACAAAAUUAACGGAUGCAAGCUGGCAGAGUCCAUGCUCCUUAACCUGCACGGCCACAUAGACGACCAACUCCAGGAUAUUGUCAUCAUCGCCGCAGACCACAUCGACAAAGGCGAGACUGCCUCAUUCCGCCUUGCCAACCUCGAAAUUCUCGUCAACGCCGUCCUCUACAACGCCUCCGCGGCGCUUCAUUUCAUGGAGGCCUACAAGCCAGGGUUUUCACGCACAUUUUUCGAGCGCUGGUUCGUAGCAAUCAACAGCGACGCCAAGCUCCCACGCGUGCACGAUAAGAAGCUGAGCAUUUUGGCGCUUUGCAAGUUGUUGGAGAUGGAGGCUGGCGCGAUUCCGGAGGGAUUGAGGGAUGGAUGGCCUGGGAUUGUAGGCGGCGCUUUGAAUAUUUUCAAGGCGCUGCCUCAGGCUGUUGCGAAGCGCAAGGUGUUGGAGGAUCAGCUGGUUGAAGGGAGCGACGAUGAAGAUGAGGACGAAACUAGAUACCUCAAUCUUGAGGGAGAGGAAGAUGAGGAUGUGUGGGACGAAGAUUCCGCGUAUCUCGAGAUUCUAGCGAAAGAGGGUGCUCGUCUGAGAGAAAAAUCCGAGAAUGCAGAGACAGGAGACGACGAAUCAGAUACAUCCGAGGAAUCAGAAAUCGAGGAAGAACUCGGGUUUUUCAGUCCACUCGACAACAUCAACACAUAUGUCACCUUCAAGCAAGCGAUGCAAAGUGCGCCGUUCAUUCUCAUUGUCUUAUACUGUUCCCCGUUUACAAUGACCAUUUUCACAGCUUUCCAGAAUCAAAACAGUAAUUUAUACCAGGCAGCGACGACGAUGCUCACGGUUGAGCGGCAGACUGUGCUUAUGGAGGUGGUGACGAUGGCGAACCAGGCUAAUCGUAGUUGAGGUAGUCGUCUUUUCUGGCUAUCGUAGUCGUUUCGCUUCUGCUUGUUCGAUGCGUUAUUGACGUGCGCUUUGCAUAUAAGACGAAUGAAUAUUUACUUGUUGUGGUUAUCGACGUCAAAGGGACCGAGUCCCCUUUUCUCUUCAUACGCAAACGUCCUUAUGUAGCACGUGGUCUGCUUUCCUCGAUAAACACGACACCUUGAAGCUUUUGA